AUGAGUGAUCCGAAUCAACACACUCUCCAUUUGUUGCAAGUAAUAGCAGAUACACUAGCCCAACCACAGCCUAGGCUAAAUGAGCAAAGGAUAGUGAGUAUUCCUAUUUUCACUAACGAAAACCAAAACCUUUUAGGAUGGUUAAAUUUAAUUAGUAAGGCAUUUGAAAUAAAUAAUAUUCUAGAGACAAGAAGGUUAGCAGUUUUGGGCGCUUACUUGAUAGAGUUGGCUACAUUCUUUCUAUACUCAAAUGUAGAUAAACCAAUGGAAUACCAAAUUACUUAUCAAGAAACAAGUCAGAGAGUUAUGAAGGUUCAGAUAUUUGUACAAGGCCUUCAUUCUGAUUUAUUAUUGGCUGUUAAACACUUCAUAUCUAGUGCACUACAAGAGGCAAUCAAAAAAGCCCAGAUCUGUGAAAUGACAAUUGCGCGAGAACCAAGCUCUGUAAUUCUCUUUUUACCUUUACCUAAAUAA